GUUGCUGUAAAACUAGGCGACUCCAUAACGUCACGUGAUAGUUUUCGGGUAUUUUCGGCCUUGCGAGCUUCCGUAGCAUUUUACCAGGUUGGCCUCGAUUGUCGGACGUUUUCUGUGAAGGUCGUGCACAAAAAGGUCUUUCAGCAUGUCUCUUGCAAAGCCACAGAUGAGAGGUCUCCUCGCAAAGCGCCUGAGGUUUCAUCUGCCCCUCGCUUUCGGCCUGGCUCUGUUUGCCGCAGUUGCAUUCAAGUACACAGUAACAGAGCCCCGGAAACAGGCAUAUGCUGACUUUUACAAGAAUUAUGAUGCCGUGAAGGUGUUUAACAGUAUGAGAGAGGCUGGGGUUUUUGAGAGUGUAAGGCCCUCUGGAAAAUAAAUUUGAUGUUUUCUCUGCAGUUUCUUUACUGAUGUUAAAUAUAUAAUAAACAUAAAUAAAGCAUUUUCGACUCCUGUA